CCGGAAGCGCGCUUGGCCGCAGGGUUUCCCAUCGUGCGUGCGCGGCCGCCUGCCUUUCUAGCCGGAAGACGCCGAGGGAGGAGCACGUUGCGCUGCCAGCCGCACCAUGCCGCCCAAAGACGACAAAAAGAAGAAAGACGCGGGCAAGUCCGCCAAGAAGGACAAGGACCCCGUGAACAAGUCCGGCGGCAAAGCCAAGAAGAAGAAGUGGUCCAAGGGGAAAGUCCGGGACAAGUUGAACAACCUCGUCCUCUUCGACAAAGCCACGUACGACAAGCUGUGCAAGGAGGUGCCGAACUACAAGCUCAUCACGCCCGCCGUGGUCUCAGAAAGGCUGAAGAUCCGGGGCUCCCUCGCACGGGCUGCGCUGCAGGAGCUGCUCAGCAAAGGUCUAAUUAAACUCGUCUCCAAGCACAGAGCCCAAGUAAUCUACACCCGAAACACUAAGGGAGGUGAUGCACCAGCUGCAGGAGAGGACGCUUGAAAAGAUUCUCAGAUGGCUUUCAGAGCUCCUUGCACACUUACAAAAAUAAACUGAUUAAACUCUUU